AUGUCGCUCCAGCCUUAUGUCGAUCAAAAAGUUCUGGUCGUCACCGCAGAUGGCAGAACCUUGACUGGCACCCUGCUCUCCUGCGAUCAGUUGACGAAUCUCGUCCUCCAAAACACCAUCGAGCGCGUAAUCCGACCACAUGAAGACCCCGAAGAUAGCGAAGAAGUUCCGCAUGGCCUAUACUUGAUUCGAGGCGAGAAUGUGGCUAUAUGCGGACUGCUGGAUGAGCAGAUGGAUGGCGAAAUCGAUUGGGCGAAAGUGAAGGGCAGUGUAAUUGGGGGAGUGAAGCAUGCUCAAAAACCUGGAGGUGCCAAUAUGUUUCAAGAGCCAGUCCGCCGGAAGAAGCUGAGAGAUGAUCUAUGGGUGAAGGGCCACAGCCCGAGGAACACAAGAGCGGCUGUAAGCCUCAACAAGAACGGGCAAACAGUACAGUAUGUCCUUCAAUUCUAG